UUUGCUAACAUGAAAUUUUCAGAUGCUUUUUCCUCAGUGUAUGUUGCCCGCCUUGGGCGACCAACUGACAUUUUGGUAAAACAUAGAAGAUGUUUGAAUUCACAAACAAGAGAACAUAGAAAACGCCAUUCGUUGGAAAUUUUCCGGGAUGUGCGCUGCUUUAGCAUAAAAUAAAUCGGGUUUGCGGUUUAAUAUCCAUUUGUGCUAAUUGUAGAACAGUCUGGUAAGUUUUAAUAGGCGAUUUAAAAUAAAACUUUAACUCCUGAGAAUGGAGGAUCUCGAAAAAACAAAGGAGAACAUUCAGCCGUUACGUGGGGGCCGAAAUGUGGAAAAAUUGGAAAUUGCACUUACUUCAGAAUCACAAACUCACGAGGAACGGCGGAUAUUUGAAGAGAAAAUAGAAAAAUACGAAGGUUCUGAUCCGUUGCAGCAAUGGUACGAAUACAUAAGCUGGAUUGAGCAGACUAGUUUGGCAAGCGGAAAACAUGCAGAAACGAAUGAAAUUUUGAAGCGCUGCAUCGCUAAGUUUGAAUGUGAUGAAAAAUAUCAGCAAGAUCAUAGGUUUCUCAAACUUUGCAUGAAAUAUAUUGAUACUCAAACUUUACCACAAGAAUUGUACCAAGAAAUGUAUGAUCGUGGAAUUGGAACACUCUGUGCCGAGCUGUAUAUAGGGUGGGCUUACUAUUACGAUGCACAGGAUAAUUUCUCUCAAGCGGAGGCAAUUUAUCAGAAAGGAUUCGACGCUGGCGCAACGCCCAGAGAAGACUUACUACAAGCCCAUAAACAAUUUGGGUUUUCGAUGUCCCAGAGGCUUCUACAUAAGGACGAGUCUUCAAAAAUUAUGUUCAAAACGUCGUUUGCUGAACGCAGGCACGCUCUUACUUCACUAAAAGCACACAAGAAGAAACACGUCGGAAGCGUCCGUACCGGUCUUGCGGUGAAAAGUUAUAAUCCGGUUGUUGUGACUCAGGAACAUAAUUCAAACAAUUCCAGUGUCCCUGUUACCGGCGUUGCCGUAUACGCAGGGCCCUCGGAAGACUCAGUCAGUGGAAAUCAAUCGAUUGUUCAAAGUCUGGUAAAUGUCAAACGGGAUCGUGAAAACAUCCGGGAACCUGGCCCGUGGUCAAAUGCAAAAUCAAACCGUAAACGUGGUCCACUUUUUGGAGCACAUCACGAUCCUUUAUUUAAAAUUUCUGAAGAUUCUAUAGAUCAUCAGCCGAUACCGGUUAUAGUAAAUAACUUAUCUUCUGGAAUCCAGUUAGAGUCGAAUCACAAACGACAAAGUUAUCCACAAAAGCCAUUUGAUAUUUCCGCUUGUGACGACGAUAAACCAUCGGGAUUUCCAGUGUACGACAAAAUUUCGCUUUACUGCCGUGCACCAGCGCAGGAUUUCAGCCCAGAAGAGCUACAUGGAUACCAUCACUUUAAGCGUCGAGGCAUUCAAAACAACAUGACAGAGUUUUAUGAAAGUAUCUGGGGCAAUGGAGGUUUUAACGGGAUCCGUCUUCAUCCAUACCACGUACGAGAAUUCAAAUUCAAUCCUGUAGAUGAUUUAAAGACAGAAAGCCCAGUGCUCGAUAGCAGUGCACUUCAGAUAAAGACUAGACUCAAGGAGCUUUACGCACAUUUUGAGGAACAAUCCAUGGAAGAAUUGGGUCUUCAGAAGUGGAAGGAUGGAAAAAUUAAACGUUACAUCGAUAAUAAGCAUGAUGAUGACAUGCUUCGAGUGGAUAUGGAUGAGACCAUUGUACAAACAAAACGUGUAUCGAUUGCUCCUCCCAGAGUCAGUAUUGUUCCAACGUCGGCUAGCUCCAGCAGAAAAUCUGUUUUCCCUCUAAAAGCAAACAUGUCAAUGAUUAGCGAAGAGAAGCACGAAGAACAAAUCAGUAUUGCGGAUAAUAGAGAGUCUACCCCGACGAAGAAUACUUCAUUGGAGGGAGACGCCAAGUAUACCGGAGCGAUAAAAAAAUCGGACCUAUACAAACGACGAUCUGAAGAAUCACCGUCAGUAAAAGUAGCCCCGAAAAAAAAAUCACUUGAUGAUCCAGAAGCAGAAAAACAAGUUGAGCCAGAAUCUGAUUUUAUCGUUCCAACAGUAAAGCCCAAAUCGAAAGUAAUCAUACCAAUUUUUGUGGAUGAUGACGAGCCAAUAGGCAAGGAAUCCAAUAAUUUUUACCCUAAUGAAUCCUGUUCUACGCAAAUGUUCAACAUGUUUGUAAAAAGUCAAAGUACACCAUUAGCACUCAAAAACGCAUCAACAAGACAAUCAGAAGUUGUCUUGCAGCGCCAAUGUCUAUUAUUAGACGACCACUAUGAUCAGAAGGACGAAAAUCUUGCACAAAUGCAGCAGCUUAAAAUUAUCGAGGAAAAUACCGAAACAGAGUCGCUAACUCCUACUAACUCAAACAGCACUCAAGCUCCUAAACAGCUUUCAACGAUCAUGGAGCGAACUGAAACAAGUACAAUAUCUGGCACUUGUAGUACAAAAUCGUCGGUAUCUUCGCCUCCUCAAGGUGACAUAAUGUCCGAAAUGGCGGCAUAUGAACUAGAAGGAAUGAAUAGUAACAAUGAUGUUAUUAUGAAAAAAGUCGUACAGAACUUCAGUGCAACGCCGAUGGAGAUUCCUUCCAAAAGCAAAAUGGACGGAGAAACAUUUAAAAUGCCGGAUGUGUUGGUGAAAGACGACCAAUUCGAGGUAUUCGAAGAGGCUUGUGCACCGCCCCCAUUUAUGGUCAGCCCCUUUGUUAUUCAUAUUGACAGUACCGAAACAAUGGCGAAUAUACCUCUUGUAUCCAAGAAUGCUUUGCCCACAAAACUGGAACCUGAGAUAGUUGAAGAGAAAGAGAACAAAGAGGCGGGUCACGAUACAACGAAUGCAAAUAUGCUUUUUCAAGUGCAAGAGGAAACGACGGCAACAUCUACUAAUCUUUUGCGCAAAAAUAUUUCUCAUCUUCCUCAGCGUGAAGCAGGAGUUAAUUCAAUUAUGUCAUUUAGAAUGACAACAGAACGUACGAACACUGUGCCUCUGCCACUGGUUAAACAAACGGAAACAGCCAAACCGACAGCACUAUUCCAAAAAUCUAAAGCGGAUGACUCUUUGUUCGAGCUACUUGCUAGGACACCAUCGCCCAAAGGUGCUAAACAUGCUCCAAUGGUCCCAACGGACAUAAACACCGAACAAGUUAAAAAUGCAUCUUUCUUUGAUUUGGCCGAUUUUCAAAAAACUCCUCAAAAGAAAUCUAUAAAGACUGAACCCACACAAGUGUCGGCAUUCAUACCUGCUGGCAGUGCACCUAAGCCAAUCAUCAUUAAAAGCGUCAUGGGUGCUAUCAAUUUGGCGGAUUUUCCGUCUCCCGAACACCGACGUUCGACAGAGGAUAUGAACACCGAAAUAUUUUCAUUAAAUAUGAACAACAUCAAGAACUCUACACUGUUGCCUGGAAGAUUCGCAGAAUUUGAUGCGUCAGAAAAAGCAGUUGCAGAUAUCAGUUCUGGUCAAAGAAAGUCACAUCGUUUGUUGGAUUUACACAUUAGUAUGGAUGAGGUGGAUAUCAAACAAAUAAAUUUAAACACGCAAAAAACUACAGACGUUUUUAAAAUUCCGGCCCCGUUAGUUAAAUCUCCCCCAAUUAUUGAACUGGAUGAUUGUGAUAGUGAUGAUCUAGGUAAAAGCAUCUACGUUAGAAGGCAACCGACACCGGUUGAAGUGAAUCAAAAAUGGGAUGAAAUUGACGAACACUUCAAUCCUGCUAACAACGAGUACAUGAAGAAAGAGGUGGACCUAGAUGGAACAAUGCAAUUUAUUUACCAUCAGACUCAAGCUGGUGAAGUAGACCCGUUCGAUCCGAAGCUACAUGAAGCUUUUUUGGAAAAGAUAAAUUUCAUGAGCUAUAUUGAAGAAUUACCCACAUGUUCCUUAGUCAACAAAGUCCAACCACUGUCCAAGGGAAUGGUAGAAACGGUACGAGAUACAAAGUUUUCUGUAAUGAAAAAAAUCGGCGAGGGUACAUUUGGAACCGUUUACUGCGGAAAAAAUAUAUCCAACGGCGAAUUGGUAGCACUGAAACAGGAACGACCUGCUAAUCUUUGGGAGUACUAUAUUUGUCUGGAACUCAGAAGUCGAAUCAACUAUGAUGAUAUCCUUCCCGGUCUUAUGAGUGUUGACUACGCAAUCGUCGGCAACAACGCAAGCAUACUGAUAUCUCCUUUCUCGCGUUAUGGAAACAUUCUGGAUGUGUGCAAUACUGUCAAGAGAGUAACUAACAAAAAUCUUGAUGAAUUCAUUACAAUGAUCAUCACAAGUCAAAUACUAUCGAUUAUUGAUCACCUGCACAGCUGCAUGAUUAUUCAUGCGGAUAUUAAACCAGACAAUUUUCUGCUUAUGACGCCAAUAAGUUUAGAAUCGAGAAUACCAUGUGUUCAAUUGAUUGAUUUUGGAGUUUCCAUCGAUCUAAAGCUGUUCGCCAAAGGAACAACAUUUACUAAGGUAGUUACAACGGAAUGUUUCACAUGCAUUGAAAUGCUCGAUAAACGGCCGUGGACGUACCAACCGGAUCUGUUCGGUGUGGCUGGAACAACACAUGUAAUGCUGUUCGGUAGGUACAUGGAGGUUCAGAAAGAUAUUAUUCACUGGAACAUCAAGGCACGAAUGCCUCGCUAUUUCCGAAAGAAUGUAUGGGACAACUACUUUACCACGUUGUUAAACAUCCGCGACUGUAACGAAAUGCCUAACUUGCAGGCACUGCGAAGUAUGUUUCUGGCUGAAAUUGAAGAGAACGAUAGAUAUAUUCGAGACAAGUUAAGCGAGUUUAAUCAGGCGCUAUUAUCGGCAUAACGCAAAGGGAAAAAAAUUGUAGAGACAAUGCACUAGAUAAGCAUGUUGUGAGUAUAUAUUUCUCGAGCACGAUAACUAUGCGAUCAUUAAUGAGACUAUUUUGGUGAAUAUUUUUUAUUGAACUAAAAAAUACUGAAAACGAUUAGUUAAUAUAUUUUGAUGAUAAUCGCUAUGUUCUGGUAGACAGACUGUGCCAUUUGAUGAACCGGCUGAUUUGAUACUUGGAUAAAUUUCGGUAAUAAAACUUGCGGUAUCUGGGGUGACAAUACAAGCUUGUAUGAAAAAGUCGAUUCGAAAUGGUUCCAUAAUGUCGCCCAUGUUUUUGGAGUUUUUUGGAUGCAGAUUUAAUAAAAUGUUUAGUGGUCAA